ACAACUUCCGGUUAAAGAUGGCGGCGACCUUGUGUUCGAAGUUUCUACAGAAACGAGGAUGGCUUCCGCUCACACAGAGUGUCCGACACGGAUCCAAGGCCGUCACCAGACACCGGAAACCCUUUCACAUCCUCCGGCAGAAGCUCAUGGCCGUGACCAAGUACGUUCCCCCGGAGAGGGUCGUUCCUCCGGGCGCGUACCCGUCCGCCAGCAAGAGGGUCCAGGAGGAUAGCGCUCUGACGCUGCUCCUGAAGAGGGAUCUGGAGAAGGUGUUCCAGGACUGUAAGAUGGUGGCUGUGGUGCAGAACAGCGCCAGCAGCGCCGAGGACAUGAUGCUUCUCAAGAACAGACUUUUCAAACAUGGCAUCAUCGUCAAGUUCUUCCCAAACCAGGUGACUCGGUCCUUCCUGAUGGAAACCGUCCACAGCAACAUGGCUCCUCUGUUCAUCGGCCCGACGGUUCUGUUCAUCAGUAAAGAGCCGAAGGUGAAGGAGAUGCUGAAGGCUCUGAGGUCCAGUCCCCAGAUGACUCUACUGGGCGCCUGCAUAGAGGACACGCUGCUGAGUGUGGACGGGAUCGUGAGCUACUCCAAGCUGCCGUCGGUGGCUGUGGUCCAGGGUCAGCUGGUGAGCGGCCUGACGCUGCUGACCUCCCUCACGGCCUCCCUGCUGCAGCGCCACCCGGCCCACCUGUCGGCGCUGCUGCAGCAGCACGUCCGGCAGCAGAGCCCGGACAGCAACGCCGCGUAGUGAAGAGGAAUCUAUCAAGACUGUUUUCCUUUGGAGAUGCUCGGAGCCACGAGGGAGCGAAGAGCUGGAAGCACACUUCAGAUUUAUUUGACGUCCAGGCAGAUUUUCACUGAAUUAUGUGUAUCUGCUUAUGGGAGCACUGGAGAUUCACACUGGUGGAUGAAGGAUUCUGACGACUGGACUGGUUUCUGUGCAUCUCAACCUCUCUAUGAAAGUCUUGGAUGGACAAUGCUGCAACAAUAUCCCAGUUGCCCAAGAUCUUACUUUAUUUAAAAUAUUGUCACACAUGAAUAAAUGAUGUCUAAUCUGUUUUG